AAUGCACGAUGCAGGCGCUUCACUCUGACUGAAUCGCUUUUCUUUAAUCGUUUCAUUGCUGAUAUGGAUUUUCAUCUGUCUGUCGGAUGGAUCGCAUGCUCGGCUGAUUUCUGCAUGAAUGCUGGUGAAAUAUUUGGAUAACUAAACUAGGGUCUGUUUUCAUGCUCUGCAUCUUUCUGAAGUGCUUCAGGGAGUGUUUCAUAGCUUCCCACCUGUGCCACAAGACAAACUUGAAGACGACCAUUGAAGACAACAGUGAUGGAUCUUAAAGUGGAACCUUUGGAUAUUGACUAUGACCAACCCCUUCCCCUCCAAGUGUUCGCUCAUACCUCGACUCUGCAUGGCAUCUCUCAUAUUUUCUCAUAUGAGAAGAUCACAGCCAAAUGCUGCCUAUGGGUGGUAUUUUUUCUAAGCUCUUUGACCUUCCUCCUGUACGUGUGCAUCGAUCGGAUUCAGUUCUACUUGGAAUACCCCCACGUCACCAAGCUUGACGAGAUCACGACGCCCGUGAUGGUCUUCCCUGCGGUAACGAUUUGCAAUCUCAACUCUAUCCGCUUCAGCAAAAUCACACGUAAUGACCUGUACCACGCAGGGGAGCUGCUGGCGCUGUUAAACUCGAGAAAUGAGAUUCGGGAUGCUCACCUGGUUGAAGAGAGUGUAAUCGAGGUCCUCAAGAGCAAAGCCGACUUCCGCCAAUUCAAGCCGCGUCCCUUCAACAUGUGGGAGUUCUAUAAUAGAACAGGACAUGACAUCAAAGACAUGCUUCUCUCCUGCCAGUUCAGAGGCUGUCCUUGCCGACCGGAAGACUUCAGCGUGGUAUUCACACAUUACGGAAAGUGUUACACCUUUAACUCUGGUAACAGCGGGCCGCCACUGGUCAGUGUUAAAGGAGGAAUGGGGAACGGUCUGGAGAUAAUGAUGGACAUUCAGCAGGAUGAAUAUUUACCUGUGUGGGGAGAGACAGAUGAGUCGUCAUUUGAGGCAGGAAUCAAAGUUCAGAUCCACAGUCAAGAUGAGCCUCCGUUUAUAGAUCAGCUAGGCUUCGGAGUCGCACCAGGAUUCCAAACGUUUGUUUCCUGUCAAGAGCAGCGACUGAUAUAUCUUCCUGCUCCAUGGGGGAGCUGCAAGUCAAGUACACCGAGCUCAGAUUACUUUAAAACGUACAGCAUCAGUGCCUGUCGUACAGACUGCGAGACACGUUACCUGGUGGAAAACUGCAACUGUCGUAUGGUGCACAUGCCUGGUGAUGCACCAUACUGCACCCCUGUGUUAUAUAAGGAAUGUGCUCAUCCAGCGCUUGAUUUCCUCUUUGAAGUGGACAAUGACUACUGUUCAUGUGAGACUCCAUGCAACAUCACUCGCUACAGUAAAGAGCUCUCCUUCGUCAAGAUCCCCAGCAAAGCAUCAGUCAAAUACCUAGCAAAGAAGUACAGCAAAUCAGAGAACUACAUAGCUGAGAAUGUUCUGGUGCUGGACGUGUUCUUUGAAGCAUUAAACUAUGAAACCAUCGAGCAAAGAAAAGCUUAUGAGGUGGCUGGUCUGUUGGGUGAUAUUGGAGGACAGAUGGGGCUUUUCAUUGGCGCUAGUGUUCUUACGAUUUUGGAGCUUUUUGACUACCUUUAUGAGGUAAUGAAAUACAGAUUAUGCCGCUGUUCGGACAAGAAACAUCACAACAACAACAACAACAGCGAUCAUGGCACUGUACUUAGCCUGGAUGAUGUCAAAUGUCACGUCAGUAAAUUUCAUUAACAUUCCUGCAAUAUUCCAGCUAUUCGCCUGCCACUCAUUUUCAGAUUACAUUCUACGUUUAGCAGGUCAUAUAUUCUGUGACAUCACAACACCAGCAAGGUUUGUCUGUUCUACUGACUGUACUUGCAUCUUCUGGUCGUACUCUCUUUUAGGCUGUAAGAAUUUUUCUAGGAGUUUUUCAAAUGUUUUGUGGUUUUCCAAACAACUGUAUAUGCUGUAUUGUUAAGGCAGGAAUGUAAGUAACAUAAAAUAUUCAUUAAAUGGUUUAAAUCUUCUGUGUGUCAGGCCUUUACAAUAGAAAUGUGCCUGAAAGCUUGAGGGGUUACUGUAUGUCAUAUUUUAUCAAUUCAGUGCAUUUUAAUGGCUAUGAUAUGGCUGUAAAUGCAUUGUGACAGAAAAUUAAUUGCACAGGCCAUGCCUAAGAGGAAACGGUACUUUGAAAAGGCCUGUAAGUGCUUAGAGCUACAGGAUCUAUGAUAUGAGCAUAAUAUAAUCAGCUAGUGUCAGUUCAGAGCAACGUCCCAUAGAUAUUUCAAGGGGGUGCAUGUGUGCUUGGCAAGAGUUUUUUACGCAAUGCCAUGUUUGUUGCAGACGUAUGCAUGUCCUGUGCAUGUCUGUAGAUUUGUCUGUUAAUGUUGUGUGCCACUGUUUCUAUUGGCUGUGUGUGUGUGUGUGUGUGUGUGUGUGUGUGUGUGUGUGUGUGUGUGUGUGUGUGUGUGUGUGUGUGAGAGAGCAUGUAUUUAUCACUUUGUGGGUACCAAAUGUCCCCAUAAGGAUAGUAAAACCCGAAAUUUUUGACCUUGUGGGGACAUUUUGUCGGUCCCCAUGAGGAGAACAGCUUAUAAAUCAUACUAAAUUAUGUUUUUUGAAAAUGUAAAAAUGCAGAAUGUUUUCUGUGAGGGUUAGGUUUAGGGGUAGGGUUAGGUUUAGGGGAUAGAAUAUAAAGUUUGUACAGUAUAAAAACCAUUAUGUCUAUGGAAAGUCCCCAUAAAACAUGGAAACACCACGUGUGUGUGUGUGUGUGUGUGUGUGUGUGUGUGUGUGUGUGUGUGUGAGAGAGAGAGAGAGAGAGAGAGAGAGAGAGAG